AUGUACUCCAAGAAGCGACCGCGGAGGCGUUGGCCAUGCUUGCCUUUCUCACCGCCGGCCACCAGCGUGCCUAGCUGGGACACCGGCUGCGGCAGUAGGAAGGCCACCGUGAGCGUUGUGGAGCACUACGACAGCGUAGUGGCCACCUACGUCGGCGACGCCCUGCUUGGGCACGCCUCCGCGCACCCCAAGGUGCGAUACCUCCACAGGCCGGAGGAUCUCUCCGAGGACUACCUCGUCGCUCUUGCCAACGGGGAGGGUUAA